UAUAUUUGGAUCAUGUUUUGGUCUUGAGCCUUUUCUUUUACUCUCAUCAAGCUCCUCAUUUUUCAUUAGGGCUUUUGAUUAUUUGAUGCAUUGGGCACUAAAUGCUCUUUGGCAGAUGGUAAAAUUUCUUUCCACAAGCACUGCAAUUUGCAAAGGUGAAGUUAUCUGGAGGUCAAAUCCUCUGUUCUAAUCUCUCUUUCUCUCUCUUGUUCUUCUCUCUCUCCUCCAUAGCUUUUUCUUCCGUGGUCUUGAAGUCAUACUGAUUGUAUUUGUCAUCUGGAAGUUUACUUAUGACUCAUAAGCAUUCAAGUUAGUAGUAGCACCAGAGCUUUGUUGUUGCUGAUCUUAGUGAUUCGUCUCAAUUGUCCCCUCUGUUCAAUUCCAUUGCCUUCAUUGGUUUCUACCGUAAUUAUGAAAACCCUAAUUUCCCCUUCCAUUUUUCUGUCUCAAUUUUGAUCUUAAUCAGCUGGGUUUUGUGCUGGGACAGCUCUUUGAACUUGUUUUCAGUAGCUUGAUUGAUUCUUCCGGUUUCUCUCUACACCCAGUUCUGCAAGAGCUUUUUCUACACAGCCUGAUUAUGGCUGUGCUCCCGUAGCUAAAGGAUGCACCAGAUUGUAUUUGCGCGCAAUGGAAACCUGCAUUUCUGUAGGGUUUAGCUCGUAUUCGAAUUGUGUCAACUAGUGAAGAAACAUGAUUCCAUGUUUUCUUGAAUGGUUUUGAAUACACCGUUUUUUCUUCGUAAGUUGCUUGUGCAUUGCCAUUUACGCAAUGUCGGACGAUAUGCUGCUUCAUUUCUCCUCCAAUUCAUCCAACCAAUCGGACCAAUCUUUGCCGGCCAAAAUGGCCAGGCUCGAAGCUCGUAUGGUCGGUAAGACCUCGUCCAUCCAGCCGCCUGCUCAAUCGCAGUCAACCAGGACCUCUGUCUCAUCUGCUGUGACAUUCGUCGCCUCUGAAAAUUUGAUCGAGCCCUCCACUUCGAGUGAUUCUGAUGACGGCACUGGGGAUGGAUUCCUCAUCCAAGCCAACACUCAGAAGCGCCAGAAACUUCAAGAGGCCAAUGAUUCAACCCUUCCUGAGCGUGUUGAGGCAUUUCAGGCAGUGGAUGAUGGGAAGAAAAACCUGGUGGAAGCCAUAGAGACCAAAAAGAAUAUGGAUGUAAAUAGGAAAAAGCAAGCUAGAGGAAGGGGACAAUCCCUCUCGAAUAGAGGUCGUGGGUCAAGAAUUAAUGAUCAGAUGAAAUCACAAGUUUCUCUCUCAACAAUUCCACCUACGAUUGGUCAACAUGACAGUGUAUACCUUAAGGAUGGGAUGUGUAAAGACCAGCUUCGGGUAGAUAAUCGCUCUCCAUUGGAGGAAGAGUUGGUUUCUUUACGGGCAAAAGUUGCUUCAUUGGAGGAGAACUUGCGAAAAUCACGUCAGGAGUCUUCGGAAUAUCAAAAUCUUUACCAUGAAUUAGAAAAGGAGUUGAAGGAGAUCAAAGAGUACGAACAGCAGAUGAAGCCUAAGAGAACGAAGGUACUAUCCGAUUUGCUGAUAUCUGUUUCAAAGGCUGAGAGGCAGGAAGCAAGGAUGAAAGUCCGACAAGACUCCUUGAGACUAGGCAAUGUGGGUGUAAUCAGAGCUGGGACAGUCAUAUCUGAAACAUGGGAGGAAGGACAAGCAUUGAAAGAUCUAAAUGCCCAUCUUAAACAAUUACUAGAGACCAAGGAGGCUAUUGAACGGCAGCGCAAGUCCUUGAAGAAAAGACAGCUGGACAAAGGUGAUGGGGCCGAUGCCGAACCAGGAGCCCAAGAAGAGGACAGUUUCAUUCAGGAUGAGAUCUACAAAUCCCGUUUGGCAAGCAUCAAGCGUGAAGAGGAAACUGUUCUUCGUGAAAGGGACAGAUACGAAAUUGAUAAAGGAAGGCUUAUACGUGAAAUGAAGCGGAUACGAGAUGAGGAUGGUUCUCGUUUCAACAAUUUUCAGAUUCUAAAUCACAGAUACGCCCUUUUAAACCUUCUUGGGAAAGGAGGAUUCAGUGAGGUUUACAAGCAGGCUUAUGACUUGGUAGAACAUAGAUACGUCGCUUGUAAGCUGCAUGGGUUGAAUGCUCAGUGGAGUGAAGAGAAGAAGCAAAGUUACAUAAGGCAUGCAAUUAGGGAGUACAAUAUCCACAAAACAUUGGUGCAUAAUCACAUCGUUCGGCUCUGGGACAUUUUCGAGAUUGAUCAUAAUACAUUCUGUACAGUCUUAGAAUAUUGCAGCGGGAAGGAUCUUGAUGCUGUUCUCAAGUCAACACCAAUAUUGCCCGAGAAAGAAGCCAGGAUUAUCAUAGUUCAGAUAUUUCAUGGCCUUGUUUACUUGAACAAAAGGACACAAAAAAUUAUCCAUUAUGACCUGAAACCGGGUAACGUUCUAUUUGAUGAACUAGGUGUUGCAAAAGUGACAGAUUUUGGUCUCAGUAAAAUAGUUGAGGAUGAUGUUGGAUCACAGGGUAUGGAACUUACAUCGCAGGGUGCUGGAACAUAUUGGUAUUUACCUCCUGAAUGCUUUGAGCUCAACAAGACACCCUUAAUAUCAUCCAAGGUCGAUGUCUGGUCAGCGGGUGUGCUACUAUAUCAAAUUCUCUUUGGCAGACGUCCAUUUGGACAUGAUCAGACACAAGAAAGAAUACUUCGUGAAGACACAAUUAUAAAAGCUCGUAAAGUCGAGUUCCCUACUCGACCAGCUGUCUCAAACGAGGCGAAGGAUUUUAUACGACGAUGUUUGACAUAUAACCAAGCGGAGAGACCCGACGUAUUGACGAUUGCUCAAGAUUCAUACCUAACGUACUCGAAGAAGUAAUCAUCCCAUGACAAAAGUAUGGCUCUUGGAGAUCCACAUUACAGGAAUUUAACAAGUUCUAUCUUUCUACUGCAAGCCAAGAAAGUUGAGUAACUCGUGGAAGUUGUAAACACAGAAAAGGUUGAUCGCGAGGGGUCCUAUUUGAGUGACUUCAGUUGUCCUAUCUCCAAAUAAUGGGGGAGGUUUGUUAAGUUCGUAGCUUGGAAAGUUGCCCUUUGUGGUUUAUUGUUACGAAAAUGGGAGGAAAUGAGGGAAGUUUUGCUUUUAUUUUGUUUGCCCAUUUUUGUCCCAUCCGGAAAAUGAUUGAUUUUGUGGUAUGAAAAAUAUUUCGACUUAACUGAAAAUGCUUGCUU